AUGGUGGUUGAGACCGAGCCAGAAUCGUCGGAGGAUGAACAAGAACUCAUGGCCCAGCGUGCUGCUUGGCUUGCUAUGGAGUCGGGGGAGCGUUCCGCCGAAGAUGAAGUCGUGUCACCAUUAUCUUUGACAGCCGUCGAAGAGUCUGAUUCUUUUCUUUAUCGAAUGGAGCUCGAGGCGUACCGAGCUGACGCUUUUGGGAGUGCUGACGAGUUCAUCGCUACCAUGGCACUGGCAUCUGUGAAUAUUACCGAGAUAAUCAGACCCGGUGAGCCGAUGCAGAUGGUGGUGGCCAGAUUGAUGGACGUAUACCUUGCCCAGCUUGAGAGGAGUUGUGAAUUUGAUGAAAAUGACCCUAUCCUCCACAACCCAUUUAGCGAUCGUGCUGUGGAGUUUUUGAAGAAGUUAUACAAAGUGUCAAACUACUGGAAGCCUGAAUUUAUUGGCUUGGCGGUGUACAAGCUAUUCAGCAAGUAUAAAUCAUGCCCCUCAUCACUUAAAAUGGUGCUUAAUCAAAUCUUGCAUUUCAAGAACCAGUGUAUUACUCUUGACAGUACUGAUGAACUUACCAGGGGCUUAUUGCGGGGACAAAUAAUGUUGGUUUUGAACAUUUUACCACGGUUUAUCUGCUCCACCGAUGAAGAAGUGAAUAAGUGGAAGGCCCACCACUUGGCUGAACUAUACGUGAAGCCACCAACUCCGCCACCACCAAACAUCAAUGCCGCUGAACGUACCGUCGACAUGGAAUGGGAGAGUUACAAGCCAGCCUCUCCGUCGAAAUUAUUACAAAUGGCCCUUACUGGUGAUGCGCCCCCGAAGAAUCCUGAUAAUGCAAAUAUCCCUGAUAAAGAAUUGUCAGAGGAUACAACGUUGCAAGCCCAACCUGGUUCCGGUGACAAUGCCGACACUGCGGCGAUGACACUUGGCAGAAAUUGGUCUGCCUUUUUUGGCAGCAGGCGACUUCAGUCUGUCAGCGAAUACUUCAAACUCCGUUUCGACGCAUUUGCAGAGGUACUUAUAAUUUACGCUGACGAGGAAAUCGUUGCAAAUGCUGCUUCAUUCAAGACUAGUUUGAGGAACUUGCUCCGUCUGAAACUCGAAGCAUUUCGCAAGUACCCUUUUGAUACCGUUUCUGACACGACUAAGGCUAUCGACCAAGCAGUGGAAUCCAUCUAUAAGGCAUUUAAGUCAGACAAGUCCGCCGAUGUUGACAGAUCAGCCAGACUUUAUCACGAAAUACUCCUUGAGAUGUACGCGGUCUGUCGCGACCUUGUUUUCAAGAAGAUUGAGUCGAGAGGUCCCAUGGCUUUUAUCGCCACUAAUGACCACCCGCCAGUGGUUGUGUCGCAGACUGUAUUGAGCGACUUCAAGAAGAAGAAAAAGGCUCACAAAAUGCGGGUUCCGUGGAGCUCUAUUUCAGUAAGUGGCACCGGGACGCUCAAGGUGGUCGAUGACAAAGGCUUCGCAUUUGACUUGAAAGCAUCGUACGCCCCCGAUGGCACGAGAGAAUCGUUUAUUGUUCAUGAAAGUCGGCCCUUCGACAGUCGGGUGAGAUUGCUGAAACAAUACCCUGCUAUUGUGCCCCGCAAACAAUUGACGACGGAGCGUUACAACGUCAAGAAAAACUCCGCCUGGUACGAAACAUGUACUCACAACGAAAAGGGCACCCUCUACUUGAUUGGCCUUAAUUUCCGCCGCCUUCCUUUGACACAACUGCCAGUGUUGGCGAAGUUGAUCACCACUUGGGCGUCACUUGAGGAAAAGUGUUACGAAAUUUAUAAAACUUACAAACAGAGAUUCCUCAAUGUGGAAAUGUAA